UAUCAGCCACUGAAAUUGACAUCGACUUGUUCUCCUUACUUGCGUUCUUGCCUUCUCAUCUGCUCAACAGUAACACCAACACCUCGUCACCAUGACCUUCAACCCCCUCGUCAAGGCCGCCGACAUUCAAGCAGGCCUCAAACAAGCCUCGCACUUCCUCAACGACAACGUGUCCAAGCGCACUCUCUGCCUCUCGGAGCUCGCGGGCAUGACCGACCUUGGGGUCCACUUCGUCUCCCUGCCCCCCAACAAGUCCGGAUGCGAGCUUCAUCACCACUACGUUGACUCAGAGUGGUUCUACAUCCUCCGCGGCAGCGGCAGGCUCCAGCUCGCCCCCUGUGUCAUGGAGUCUUCAGAACGCAGCGGCAUGGCGCCGCUCCCCGGCGCCGUGGAAGUGCGCGAGGUGGAAGUGGGGCCGGGCGACUUCGCGGGUUUCCCCGGAGCUGUGGCGGGCACGGGGCGGGCGCAGGGCGAGACGCCACUUGCGCACACAUUCGUGGCGGGCACCGAGGGUAUGGAUUACCUCGUGGGUGGGACGCGCAAUGCGUUCGAUGUGUGUGUGUAUCCGCUCAAGGGCAAAACGCUCCUGCGCGAUGUUGUCGGCGGCGCGCGUGCGAUAGCGGAUUAUGGUGCGCUGCAUGAUGUUCCUGCGGCUGCGAUGGCGGCGGAGCAACCGAAGUAGGGGAUGCAUUCCUCAGUACGAUAGAUUGUUGUGUGGCUCUGGGGCAGCACUCGCAGGCUCCCGUUGGCACGCAGGGGCUAGGUUGGCAGUGCCUCAUACAGUUGAGAAACAAUUCCCACAUUGCGCGUCCACAUGGAACAAACCGCGUACUGUCGGGUCCCAUGGGCGCGACAUUUCGCAUAAACAUUCCACUGUUUUAGAAUGUGCGGCAGAGGGCACCGGCAGGUGGGACACACCGAGUUGUGUGCGUGUGUCGAGGGAGCGCCAAGUGCACGGGAGCUGAAGCAGGGCUGCUUGCUGACAUCCCCCAAUCGGUGUUAGCUGUCAUCAGCACCUCCUGGCAAUCAGUAUGCGAGACCCGCGUGCGAGGCAGC